AGAGCCACGUCACCGCCCGCGUGCGCCAGCCGGUCAAAUAAAACCAUCCGCCUCAAGCCAACGGUCAGGAGAAGAAGCAUCAGUGGAGGUUAACAAGAGGUGUUUUGACUUCUCUUCACUACUUUCUGAUAUAGCAACUUAAAGCCAUGAACGGAAUGAUUCUCCAGCUCAGCCGCAGCCUGAGCCGUGCUGCCCCUGUUCUCCGUCGCAGCAUCCACUCUGGCACGCGUCCGGCCUCAACCGCCGCCUCCAAACUGAAGACUGAGCGUCCGCUCACCUCGGAGGAAAUCUACGCCCGUGAGGACAAGUACGGAGCGCACAACUACCAUCCCCUGCCCGUGGCUUUAGACAGAGGCGAGGGCAUCUAUGUGUGGGAUGUGGAGGGCAACAGAUAUUACGACUUCCUGAGUGCGUACAGCGCUGUAAACCAGGGCCACUGUCACCCAAAGAUCGUAGCUGCACUCAACGCGCAGGCCUCCAAACUCACCCUGACUUCCAGAGCAUUCUACAACGAUGUGCUGGGAGCCUAUGAGGAGUUCGUCACCAACAUGUUUGGCUAUGACAAAGUCUUACCCAUGAAUACAGGUGUUGAAGGUGGUGAGACGGCCUGCAAGCUUGCCCGCAAGUGGGCUUACAAUGUAAAAGGGGUUCCCAAAAACAAAGCCAAAAUCAUUUUUGCUGAGGGAAAUUUCUGGGGACGCACCAUGGCAGCCAUCUCCAGCUCCACGGACCCCAGUAGUUACGAAGGUUUCGGUCCCUACAUGCCAGGCUUUGAGCUUGUCCCAUACGACGACAUCCCUGCACUCGAGAAAGCCCUUCAAGACCCAAAUGUUGCAGCUUUUAUGGUUGAGCCCAUCCAGGGGGAAGCUGGGGUGGUGGUGCCUGAACAGGGCUACCUGACCAAAGUCAGAGAACUUUGCACCAAACACAAUGUGCUGUGGAUUGCUGAUGAAGUGCAGACAGGCUUGGCAAGGACCGGCCGGCGCCUGGCUGUGGACCACGAGGAAGUUCGUCCAGAUGUGGUGAUUCUGGGCAAAGCUCUUUCUGGAGGAGUUUACCCUGUAUCUGCAGUGCUGUGCGAUGAUGAGGUAAUGCUGACCAUCAAGCCUGGGGAACACGGGUCCACAUAUGGAGGUAACCCCGUGGCCUGCCAGGUUGCUAUCGCUGCACUUCAGGUGAUGGAGGAGGAGAAGCUGGCAGAGAACGCUCAAAGGAUGGGAGAGCUGCUGCGGUCCGAGCUGAGAAAACUGCCCAAAGACAUCGUGACUACAGUCAGAGGAAAAGGCCUCCUCAACGCAGUCGUCAUCAAAGAGACCAAAGACUAUGACGCCUGGAAGGUGUGCUUACGCCUUCGUGACAACGGACUGCUGGCAAAGCCCACCCAUGGUGACAUCAUCCGCCUGGCCCCUCCCCUCAUCAUCAAAGAGCACGAGCUGCGCGAAUGUGUCGACAUCAUCCAAAGAACCAUCAUGUCCUUCUAAACCUCCUCCUUCAUUCAACUAUUCAGCAAUGCACAGCCAACCUGCAAACUGCUCCACAUCCACAGCUGAAGCUACGGUCAUUUAUUCGCUAUUUUUCUGUUUUAUCUGUUUUUCAAAGUUCAGUGAUCUUUGAGGGUUACUAGUGUAGAGACUGUGUGAGAUUACACUGACACUUUUGUGCAGAAAAGCUGCUGUAAAGGAACAGGUUCUGUUAGGAUGCCCCAGGAAAAGACUGCAAGACAAGUGGGAAACAUCAGUGUUUUAUUUUAAAUGUUAAAUAUCUUCUUGAACAAUCAAUGUGCUGUUUCAAUGAAACAUUUUUUAAAAUCAGUGAAGCAGUCUGAAGUUACAAAGGCAUACGGUUUACAUUUUAAUAGACUCCAGUUAGUCUACUAUACUACUGCUGUCUGAUAAUGUUCACCUUGUGAAUCAGGUCUUGUUACACAGGAGAGCGGUUAGUCUGGGUAUUUUCUAAUCUCAAGAAAUAUCAUUAGAAGGCUUGAAAUGUAUAUAAGGGUCUGUAAACUUUUUGGAACUGCGCUAAAAUGAUUUUAGUAUUCAUUUCCAAUUAUGGUCACCUAUGUAGCAGUGUCGUUUUAAUUUAACAUAAUUUAUGACGUGUUCCUGUGGAAGAAUGACUUUCUGGCUCUUUAUGCUGUAUAAUUUGUUAUAUUUUAUUUCUACAAGCAAUGUGUUGAAGGCUGAUUAAUGAGUGUUAGGACUCAUGCUGCCGGCAAAGCUUUGGUUUUAAAUAUUUACAGUACAGUAUCUGUACAUCGUUUCAUUGAACUUUCUGAUGAAUGUUUUAUCCGUUAUAAAAUAAUGUAAAUAUUGUCUUUUCAGAGGCAAUAUCACCUUUUAAGCUGUUACAUAAUCCGUUGCCCACCAGUAAAAUAGUGCAGUCGUA